UUUGAGAUGUAUUUCCCCCCUGCAUUCUUUGACAUUAUGGUCCAUCUCAUUGUCCAUCUAGUUCGAGAAAUUAAGCUGUGUGGUCCAGUGUUUUUGAGGUGGUGCUAUCCUUUUGAGAGAUAUAUGGGAACUUUGAAAGAUAAAGUUCGUAAUCCUGCACAACCAGAAGGUAGUAUAAUUCAAGGGAUUGUGGGUGAAGAGAUCAGUAAUUUUGUGGCUGAGUAUUUUGCUAGUGUUGAUCCUGUUGGACUUCCGACAUCCCGACACGAGGGCAGACUUGAGGGCAAGGGUACAAUUGGUUCAAAAUUGAUCACACCUUCCGUAGAAAAGCGUAAACAAGCUCACUUAUUUGUAUUGCAUCACGUACCAGAUGUCCAUCCUUAUUUAAGUGAACAUAUGGAGGAAUUACGUGUUAGCAAUCCUGGAAAAGGAGUGAGGGCAUUGACGCAAAUGCAUAACAAGACUUUCAUUGAUUGGUUUCAUAAACGAGUACUCAAUGAUUUGGAUGAAAGUGUUCCUGAAACAGUCAAGUGGUUAGCAUUUGGUCCUCGUGAAGCUGUACGCUCUUAUGAGGGUUAUGAUAUUAAUGGGUAUACUUUUUGGACUGAACGUCAAGAUCUCAAGUCAAGAUCGCAACAAAAUAGUGGUGUUUCACUUGUGGCGUCGUCUACACAAUAUGCAAGCUCGAAAGAUAAGUCGCCUGUACAUGCUGAAAGCAACUACUAUGGGCGAAUACAAGAAAUCUGGGAGCUGGACUACUGUACAUUUAAUAUUUGCCUCUUGUGUUGCACGUGGGUUGACAAUAAUCGCCGUUGUGUAAGAAACGAUGAUCCUUGCGGUUUCACCCUUGUUGACCUUAGUCGUUUACGUGAAACUGAGGAGCCAUUUGUAAUUGCAUCACAAGUGAAGCAAGUAUUUUUUGUAACUGAUCCUGCUGAUCAUAAGUGGUCAAUUGUUGUACCUGGUAAAAGGAGUAUCCUCGGUAUUGGUGAUGUUGAUAAUGAGGAAGAAUAUGAUGCAUUUGAGGACCUCCCCCCUUUACCUAUCCUGAAAUUCGUGUGGAAGAUGAUGUAAAUAUGUCGGAGAAUUAUAUGCGUGUAGAUCACACGGAAGGGAUACAUGUACUUGAGGAUCCUAAGAAAAGGCGGAAGCUCAAUGAAUCAUGAGACAUAAACUCAGGGACAUGGAGGAUGUGCAUACGGAUACGAGUGCGGAACACACUACCGAGGAUGAGUGUUUCGAUCACAAAAAGGAACAACGGCAAAUGGUUAUGGCUCGCCGUGAAGAAAAAGGUAAACAAACGUCAAUUGCAAGUAAGAACUUGCAGACGAAAAAGAGGAAAGGAAGGGGACCUACAAAGUCACUAGGGAAACCCACCCUAAUGACUUUGGAGUACGAUCACUUGGGGCAACCUUGUGGAAAAUGGCGUCAAAAGUAUGCCAUGCAAAUUGGGAUUUGCAUGCAUAAGCUCUCCAUUCUCCACUCAUGGAAAGAGGUCCCCGAGUCUUUGAAGAAGAUGAUUUGGGAAGAUACUAUGAAUCAAUUCCAUAUUCCAAACGAUGAAGCGAAGAAGAAUUUGUUUCUAUCCGCAGUUGCCCAAAGGUUCCGAGACUUCAAGGCCAAGCUAGUGUCGGGGUGGAUCACGAAGCGGAGAAAAGUCGGGGGAACAAAGAAGAAGAAAAUCUACGACGGGGAAGCAACACCUUCUUCUGAGGCUUCACGUGACACAUCAUUCGAGGAUCCCUCCAAGCUUCCAUAUCAGAUAUGGAGGCAUAUCACAGCUGAGCAGUGGCAUGCAUUUGUUGC